UCUGCUCCGGACCAGCGUCGAAGCGACACCUUCCUUCCUCCCCCGAUAGGAAUCGGUGACGAGGAUUAAGCCUCAUGAGAGGCUGGAUUCAGAGUUCAACGACAUCUGCGAGGGAAAGGGCGAUUUGUUCAUCAGAAGAUGGGAUGCCAUCAUCAUUCCACAUCUGAUCGACGUUGCGCUUAAGGAGAAGAGUGAAAUUGCUGCCCUCGUUCAGGGAGUGACAGACCUUACAGAUGAUGAGAAGACCUACAAGAUGUUGGUUGUACUAACUCGUCUUCUGCCUCCAGUCGCCUCCAGUCGCUGCAGUGUCAAGUCGGCAAUCACCCAUCUUAUUGAUUUUGUACCCACUGGAACUAACAUCUCGACACUCUGUGAUGCCACUGAGUCUGAGGGCAAAGCACUCCAGCCACAUCUCGUUUCUGUUGGUCGCUUCGAGGAUGCAGCACAGCAGUACGUCAUCGUUGGGAAGAGUGACAAAGUCAUCAUUCCACUGGACGAAGAUCUCACUGGUGCUGUGGACAAACUGUUCAAGGUCUUCUGGGUCUGCAACCUUUCAUAUCCACCUGAACUCUCCUCAGUUUUUGCAUUCUUGGAGUGUGUCUACAAUAUCCCUCUCUCCACAACCAGGAAGGCGCGGGUAAUGGACCUAAUUUCCAAAAUGAACUCAGUUCAGUAAUCAUAACAGCAAUGUAUAUUUGUCCAAAAUGCAAUAUGUACUUCAAGCAGAGUAAGAUUCUGAUUUGGCACUUGCGUGAAGUGCAUGCAUUGUCAGAUCAAUUGGACUUCACUCUGAUUUGCAGCCAGGAUGGUUGCCCUAGGACAUACCAAUGUAUUAAUUCUUUUUCCAAACACUUGAAUCGACAACACAAAUGUACAAAUGAUUUUGAGGAUCAUCAGCCUUAUCCACAGCCUUAUCCUCAGCCUGAUCCACUACACGCCACCUCAUCAGAAUUGCCUCGUCAAAAUGAAGCUGAAGAGCUCUCCAACAAUAACUGUUGUGCAGAGGGCAUUGUUGAGCCUGAACACUCUCUGACCAGGCCCAAGGGGGCUACAGCAAGAUUUGUUGCAAAAAUGUAUAGUGGUUCAAAUGUUAGCCUCACUGAUGUAACCCGAACUGUAAACAAUGUGAAGGACCUAAUGGAAUCUACUGUAAGUGGAUUGCAAGAUUCAGUCAUUUCAACUUUAAAAAGCUUGGGUGUGCCAGAGAACGAUGAAAGGGUGCAGUCGCUCAUGUGUGACUUUGAGAGUGCCAAACACACGUUUGAUGAAAUUGAUACACCCCAUAAAAUGAGCACAUAUUUCUCAGAUAAACUGGAUAUGGUACAGCCUAAAGAAAUUUUUCUCGGUCACAGAACAGAUACAUUACGAAAAGAUGGUCAGAUAAAGCAGGUUUUAGCACCUGAUACUUGUCAAUAUAUACCAAUUAUUGAUACGAUUCAGUUUCUCUUCUGUAAUGAUCAGAUGCAGCAACUAUACUUUCAAAGCAAGAAAAGAAAAGAUAACAAAAUGACAGAUUACAGUCAUGGUUCACGGUUUUUGUUAAAUCCAUUGUCUUGCUUGCAUCCUGAUUUUCUUCAAAUUCAGUUAUACUACGAUGAUGUUGAAACAACAAAUCCGUUAGGAUCCAAGACCAAGAUCCAUAAGAUGGGUGCAGUCUACUUUGUGAUAAGGAACUUGCCACAGCAAUUUACUUCAUCUCUGUCUCAUAUUCACCUUUGCCUCCUCUUCAAUUCCAUAGACAGGGAGACGUAUGGCCUUGGUAAAAUAAUGGAGCCUUUGCUGGAAGACCUUAGACAACUUGAGAGUUGUGGUGUUGACAUAAAUGUGAAUGGGCAAAAUCACAAGUUGUAUGGGACCAUAACAGUUUUAACUGCAGAUAAUUUGGCAAUGCACACCUUGUGUGGUUAUGUGGAGAGCUUUAGUGCUAAUAAGCCUUGCCAGUUCUGUUUAAUUGACAAGGAAGAAAUGCAGACUGUGUUGGAUGAUGACAAAGUAGAAAUGCGAACUAGACAGAAUUACACAGAACAUGCCAUCUUGUGUGAUGCGAGCGCCACAGGAGUGAAAGAGAAUUCAUGCUUAAACACCUUGAAGUACUUUCAUGUCACAGAAAAUAUAUGUGCCGACAUCAUGCAUGAUGUACUAGAAGGUGUUGCUCCCUUGGAACUGAAGUUAUUGCUAAGACAUUUGGUUUAUGAAGAAAAGUGUUUAACAUUACAACAGUUAAACAACAGAAUUGUAACAUAUGACUAUGGCUAUUCAAAUAUUAAGAAUAAGCCUAGUGUGAUUGUGAACUUAAAAUCAUCUGAAGGAGCUAUCCGUCAAACCGCCUCCCAAAUGUGGUGCCUUUUACAGGCUUUACCGUUUUUGGUGGGGGAUCGUGUUGAUAGGAGUAAUGAGUACUGGCACUUAUUUAUUUUGUUGCGUGAGAUUUGCAGCAUUAUUUUUGCGCCAGUCGUGACGACAGGUCUUGCUGUUUUUUUAAAGCAAGUCAUUAUUGACCAUCAUUUACUUUUCAAAAAACUCUACAGUAGGAAUCUCAUACCUAAGCACCACUUCAUGACUCAUUAUGCAAGGUUAAUAUGUUCAUUUGGUCCCAUCUCUCAACUCUGGUGUAUGCGUUUCGAAGGAAAACAUAACCCAUUUAAAAGACAUGCCCAUGUUGUUUGUAAUUUUAAAAACAUAGCUAAAACUUUAGCCUACAAACAUCAAGUGCAACAACUAACUAACUUUAAAAUUCGAGACCCCUUUUGCUCCAUUCCGGAUGUACAUAAUGCUAUUCCAGUACUGGUGGGAGCCUUGCAGGUACCACCAAGUAUCCUUGAUGAAAUGAAAGAAAUAAUCAAGAAAGAGUUCACCAUGACCAGCACCAUCUACGUCACACAUUUGAUAAAACAUAAUGGGCAAGAGUAUAGAACAGGGUGUGUGCUUUCUAUGAAAGCACAGAGUCAUGGGGAGUGUUUAUUUGGUGAGGUUCUUCACCUCAUCCCAAACGAGCAUACCUUUUUAAUGGUUGUUACCUUGCUGGAUGUUUUGUAUUUUGACUACCAUUUUUAUGCAUAUGUGGUGAAAGUGUCGAAGACCAUCAAACUGGUCAUACCAGAUGAUUUGGCUGAUUUUAGGCCCCUUGAUAUUGUGCGAGAUUUCAACUCAGAUAAACUGUAUGUAAACCCUAAAUAUAAAAUCUUUUAAAUCUGUGUAAUAUGACAGAGGAAUUGUACUGAAUAAUUUGUAUCAAUUUUGUACUGUAUAUUUGUAUAUCAAUAAAAAAUACUAUGGUCUUGAU